AUGGGUCACAAUAUUGAAUCAGGUGAGGAAAUACAAGAGGCGAUUAAAGACUUGGCAGGCACUCACGUUGCUAAUAUCAUGCCUAAUUGUGAAGGGUGGGCUCUUGCUGAAAAUGAAAAAAAUAAUCAGAGAGAGCCUUGGAAACGAAUAACAGAACAAAUCAGAAAUUUAUUAGAAAAUAUGUUUUACGCGGGGACAGCAGAUAGCAAAAACAAAUUCACAGGUCAAGAAAUGCAUGAUGAACUAUUGAAACAGGCUCAACAUGGUGAAUUUGAUCAAAGUGAUAUUUUAAAAGUAACUACUAUUAAUAACUGGAUUGCGACUUUUAGUUGUAAAUGGAAACAAGAUAUGGCAAGACGUUCUUUGAAGGUAUCUGAAACUUCUAAAUAUUGA